AUGGCACCCACUUCGCAGCCCCUGCCUGCGGGCGAACAGCGUGGUUCGCUCGACUCCUCCGUGGACAGCAAUGCUUUGGAAAAAGCGGCCAAGAAGGAACCAGCCGCGGGCGUGACGCAGAACGAGUUCGAUGUGUAUGGCAAUGAGGAAACGGCAGACAUCAAGUACCGCACGAUGGUGUGGUGGAAAGCCGCAGCACUGAUGCUUGCCGAAACGGUGUCGUUGGGUAUCCUGUCAAUACCGUCCGUCUUCGCUACCCUAGGCAUGGUUGCAGGAUGUAUCCUUGUGAUCGGCCUAGGAGCAAUCGCGACCGCUACCGGAUACAUGAUAGGCCUGUUCAAGCUGCGAUAUCCCCAUGUACACAAUAUGGCGGAUGCGGGCAUGAUCCUCUGGGGACCCGUCGGUCGCGAGGUCCUUGGCGCCGCACAGGUCAUUUUCAUGGUCUUCAUAUGUGGAAGUCAUGUCCUGACCGGAUUGAUUGCGUUCGACACAAUUACCUCUGGGGCGUCGUGCUCCGUACUCUGGGCCGGCGUAUCUGCCAUUAUCUGUUUGGUGCUUACCAUACCAAGGACGUUGGACGGUAUUUCGUAUCUGAGUGUCGCGUCGUUCAUAUCUAUUCUCGCUGCCGUGUUCAUUACUAUGAUCGGUGUUGGCGUCGCGGGACAUCAGGGCGGUGUCACUGUUACUGCAAACCUGAGCUUCGCAAGCGGUUUUCUUGCUGUGACGGACAUCAUCUUUGCUUAUGCUGGGCACGUUGGCUUUUUCACCUUCAUAGCCGAGAUGCGCAAACCCGAAGACUUCUCGAAAGCCUUAUAUUGCCUGCAAGUUGCGGACACUACUUUGUACCUUGUCGUUGGCAUCGUGGUGUACGCGUUCGCGGGACCCAACACGGUAUCCCCUGCUCUGGGGAAUACGGGCACGACCCUGCGCAAGAUCGCGUAUGGCAUGGCACUGCCCACUAUCAUGAUAGCGGGAGUAAUCAACGGUCAUGUCUGUGCGAAGCUGGUGUUCAUCAGGAUAUUCCGGCGCAACGGUGUUAAGUCGCGGCAUAUGACGACGCAUUCGUGGGUGGGCUGGCUGACGUGGAUUGGCAUUUGCUUCGCGAUCUGGACCAUGGCAUUCAUUAUUGCGGAAGUUAUUCCAUUCUUCAAUGAUCUCUUGGGCGUCAUUAGUGCCCUUUUCGCUAGCUGGUUCACGUAUGGAAUCUCGGGAAUAUUCUGGUUUCAUUUGACAUGGUCCCGACGGACAACGGAGCCGCUGAACAUACUCUUUCUGUAUUAG